AUGGCGACCAUGGAAGAGGUCCUCGCCAAGGUGGCCGCCGUUCCCGGCCCGCCGACGCCCUUUGUCAACCCGUAUACCGGCAAUCGGGCCCUCUCCGAGUCGGAGCAAGAGCUGUUGGGCGAGUAUGCGCGCCUUGCCGGCACUAUCAACCGGGUCGCCGCACUAUCCUCGCACCUCUCGUCCUCGGCCGCCCACGCCAGCCUGCUCUCGCAGCUGCGUGUCCUCGAGCGCAAAAUGGGACUCGUCCUCACCCUCUUCAAGGCCUCGGUGUGGGCCAUUGUUCAGGAGCAGCAAGAGGUGGCCGAGGCAGAGGCCAUGGCGGCCGCCGAGCACGACGCCAGGAUGCAGAUGGAAGGCUACGGGCAGGACCCGGCGCUCGAGAUGGGCCUCGGCCUCGGCACCGGCACAGGCGCUGGCGGGCCGCAGCAUCACUACGGCGACGGCAUGGCAGGCGGCGACAGCCUGUUCAUCGAAAAUGCCGACGACACCAUCACCGGAUACCGGUACUGA